CUCAGGACCUCAGGAUCUCAGGACCUCAGGACCUCAGGAUCUCAGGACCUCAGGACCUCAGGAUCUCAGGACCUCAGGAUCUCAGGAUCUCAGGAUCUAACUCUAUAUAACUAUAAACUGUUAAAGUGUGAGAUUAUUUCUUACUUUAGACCUGAAUAAGAACCGAGCUCUAACCUGUGUGAUGAUUCCAUCACAGCUCCUACAUGUUCAGGUUGGACUCACAGCCACACCUGGAGAUUAAUAAUAAACAUCAUUCCUUAAUUUUCUGUCCACUCUGUCCUGCACUGUUUAAGUAAAGUUCCACAACAGAAGGAUAAAUGUGGACCAUUUCCUCAGGAGAGAUCCAACAUGUGGGAAAUGAAGUCAUGCAGAAAACAGAAGCUGCAGCACCAAACACAUGCAAAUGUCUAAACACGGACUGGACAGUGAAUAAAACGCUCUGUCCACUGUGGAAUGUGUCAGGAGCAUGGACAGUGGUGUUUCUGAUGAUAUUUUAGUUUAAUGAUUAAUCCAGCGAGUCUGCAGCGGUCACAAAGCCUCUCAGUGUGACGCAGGAGCACUUCAGCUCAUUUACUCUUCCUUUUUUCUGUAAAUGACACACGUAUUAGUUCAUCAGCUCCUGAACACGUGAUCAUGUGGACGAUAAAGGGGUUCCAUUCCAGCGUGAAGCCUCCGUCCAGCAGAGAACAGCUCAUCAGGGCAUCACCUCAGUGCUGGUGUCACCAUGGUAACCAUGUGGGUCCUGCUCCUCCUGCUCUCAGCUUCUUCUCCUCCAGUCCACAGUCUCCUCACUUCACUCCAUUUCAUUCCGGGUGACAUGAUUUACACUGAGGCUCGGGAAGCUUGCAGAGAAAAAUACACCGACCUCGUCACUGUGUACUCUGAUGAAGAAAACACUGAACUUUAUAACAGGAUGAUAAAGGAUGGUAUCAGUUACAGCUGGAUCGGACUCUAUCGUGGUCAGUUCAGUGAGAAAUGGUCUAAUGGUGAUCCUGUAACAUUCAGAAAUCUGACAGGGGAUUGUGGGACAUCAGACUGCUGUGCUGCUAUGAAGCCUGAUGGUUCAUGGGAAAGUCUUCAGUGCAGAGGGACAAGAUAUUUCAUGUGUUAUGAAGAAGAUGCUUCCUCACAGACUCCUAAUUAUCAUCUAAUCCCUGAGACUAAGACCUGGUAUGAAGCUCAGCAUUACUGCAGACAGAUAUACACUGACCUGGUCAGCAUCAGAGAUCAGCAGCACAAUGAAGAGGUGAAGAUUAAAGGGUUAAACAGCACCAUGUCCUUCUGGAUCGGCCUGCUGCAGGAUGACUGGCAGUGGACUGAUGGAGGAAACUCCACCUACAGAAACUGGGCUAUCGGAGAACCUUCAUCAUCACCAUCCGACUGUGUAAUACUGAGGAAGGAAGAAUUGAGAUGGUGCUCAGUCCCGUGCGAUAAUAUUCACUCUGCUCUGUGCUCCAACACUUCCAUCCAUGUGAGUGAAGUGACUCUGAGCUGGGAGAAAGCUCUGGAUUACUGUCAGGAAGAGAACAGAGCUGGAAUUCUGAUCAUCGAUUCUCAGGCUGAACAGGAAACAUUGGAGUCUGAGCUCAUGAAGAGGCGUGUCCCUCCAGGGUCUCUGUGGGUGGGGCUCGGCCCGAAGCGCGUCUCCGAGCUGAAGGUGUCGUCCGGUCCGCUGACCUGCGAGGACGUAGAGAGACAGACAGAAGCUCAGCAGUCUCACUGCACUGCUGACACACACACUGCAGAAGCAGCACCUGAUUAUGUGAUGGACUCCACUGAACUUAGAGUCGUGUGUCAGUUGAAGUAAAAGGUGUUUUUCUCGAUGCUGGAAGAACUGAGCACUGCACACGUUAGUGUUUUCAUCACAAACUCACCUGAACACUUCAUUAUGCACUUGUUCACUAGGUGAUGAGGGGAAUCAGGUGUCAUAGAGCAGGAAAAAGCUCUAUAAAAAGUGUGCAGGAAUAUAUUAAUGAGAGUUAGCUGAACAAAAUGUCUUUAAAUAUUACUGGGAAAUGUUUUACGUGUUAAUUUUUCUUUAAUUAUCAAUUAACAUUAUUUUAUAUAUUAAUAAAUGAAUAUUCAUUCUGUUUAAAUAUUAAUAAACUGUA